GAUCGUCAUCCUGCUCUUGGCCAUCGGAAAGCACACAGGCAUCGCAUCCCUCUCCCCGCACUCAUCUUUUCAUACCCGCUCGCCCACAAAGCCUCAGCAUGAAAGGAGACUGGGUCCCGAUUUUCGUGUCGUUUCUCGUCGUCCUUGGUGUCGGUGUCGGCGGAUUCUUUGCCAUCCGAAAGUCCAACGACCAAAUUCUCUACCGAACAAGUCUGAUCCUGACGCUGGUGUGCUGCUGGACCAUGUGGGCCUUGACGUUCCUGGCCCAGUCGAACCCGCUCAUCCAGCCCGAGCGCAACGGAUGGAUCCGCGCCGGAUCGGGAGAAUCCAGCUCGUGAUGGAGAAGAGCUGUCUCAAAACCCAUGCCAGAAGCAUCGGCACUAUCAAGGCAGCACUGAACCAGAGCCACAAACCCCACUUGCUCAUGCGCUGGAAAGAGAGCCAAAUGGUGUCUGCUGGACUGGCGCCGUGCUGCCCCGCCAAGGUUGCGGCCACAUCAAUCGCUGUUCGGGGUGAACGGGCAGGGGCGCCUAUGGUGCUUGCUUGCUUGAUUAGCAACCCUGGAUGCGACCAAUAAAGUAAAU